UCUCACUUUAAAAAUUCAUUUUUGGGUUCCCAUCUUUUCUCCUCUGAAACCUCCUCAUCGACCAUGCCAAUCUCCAUUGAGACACGUCUACCUUUAAGGUCCUCCCCUGCGUCCACUUGGCAAGGAUCACACCCCACUGCUGCAGCUUCCUCUGAUCCUCUCCUUGGUCUAUUCCCCACUACCAUCACCGUACCCUCCACCACCAACUCCCUAUCCAGCCACUCCGUCUCACCCUCACGUCCUCCUUCUUUGUCUCAAACUCCAUCCACCCCCUCACCCAACUCACCCGACUCACCCAACUCCCCUAAAUCACCCAUCACUCACUCGUCGCCCCCCUCACCUACUCCUUUACCACCCAUUUCUCCGGCAUCUUCCCCUGCUCACACAGGCCGCUCCCGAUCUCCAAUCUAUUCCACCGCCUCACCUCCAUCCAGUCUUACGAACCAUAUGCCAGCCCCUGCCUCAUCUUCUCCCCUUCAACCGAUAGAUCCACCCAUCCGCACUCAUCCCAUGGUAACUCGUUCUCAAAACCAGAUUUUUAAACCAAAGCAACUCUACCUUGCUGAAACUCCCUGUUCGGAGGUUGAGCCAACAUGUGUGAGUCAAGCCCUGAAAGAUCAUCGGUGGAGGCAGGCCAUGUCUGAGGAAUUCACUGCUUUGGUAAGUCAAGGUACAUGGGAUCUCGUUCCUCCUGCACCUAACCAAAAUAUUAUUGGUUGUAAGUGGGUUUUCAGGUUGAAACGAGGCAAAGAUGGACGAGUUGAACGUUAUAAAGCUAGACUUGUAGCUAAGGGAUUCCAUAAACAACCGGGGACUGAUUACACUCAAACCUUCAGUCCAGUUAUCAAACCGACAACAAUCCGAGCCAUUCUCUCCAUCGCUGUAAGUAGGGGUUGGAAAAUUCAUCAGUUAGACAUCAACAACGCAUUCCUUCACGGGAAACUUGAUGAACAAUUAUUUAUGCAACAACCCGCUAGGUUCAUUGAUCCUCAUCUUCCCCACCAUGUUUGUCGGUUACAAAAAUCUCUCUAUGGGCUUAAACAGGCCCCAAGAAUGUGGUUUCGAGAAUUAAAACAGUUUUUGCUUGCUCACGGUCUCACCAAUUCGAGGUCAGAUUGCUCCCUUUUUAUUUAUUGUCAGAAUACUGAUUGGCUUUAUGUCUUGGUGUAUGUAGAUGACAUACUCAUCACUGGAAGCAAUCCUGUCGCUAUUGACAAUUUGAUCACUGCCAUGAGCUCCAAAUUUUCCGUGAAAAAUCUUGGUGAACUGGACUUCUUUCUCGGAGUGGAAGCUAUUCGAACUAAUGCUGGCUUAUUUCUUUCCCAGCAACGGUAUAUCCAAGACAUUUUGCAAAGAGCGGGCAUGGAUAAUGCCAAAGCAGUAAGCACGCCCCUCUCUUCUACAACAUCUCUUCGGCAAUUCUCAGGUCACUCACUCACCGACCCAACGGCAUAUAGACAAAUUGUUGGUUCCCUUCAGUAUUUAUCUCUAACUCGGCCAGAUUUAUGCUUUGCUGUUAACCGGCUAUCUCAAUUCAUGCAUAAUCCUAUUGAUCUUCAUUGGCAAGCAGUGAAACGUGUUCUUCGCUAUCUUAAUGGUACAAAAUUUCAUGGCCUUUUGCUUCGUCCACAAACCUCUUUAUCUCUUCAUGGUUUUUCUGAUGCUGAUUGGGCUGGUGAUAAGGACACUUCAAUUUCCACAACUGGCUAUGUGAUGUACCUUGGCUCCAGUCCGGUGUCCUGGAAAGCAACCAAACAACGAGUUGUAGCACGAAGCUCAACAGAGGCAGAGUACAAAGCACUAGCAGCAGCUAGCUCCGAAAUGGUUUGGAUUCUUAAUCUUCUUCAUGAACUUGGCAUCCAUCCUUCCACACCCCCUGCGCUUUACUGUGAUAAUAUAGGGGCAACCUAUCUCAGCAGCAAUCCAGUCAUGCAUUCUCGCAUGAAACACAUUGCCAUCGACUUGCACUUUGUUCGUGACUUAGUGGACCACAAAGUCCUUCGAGUUUCUCAUAUCUCUUCUAAAGAUCAGUUUGCCGAUGGACUUACCAAGCCCUUAUCCAGUGCUCGCUUUACUUAUUUGAGAUCCAAGAUUGGAGUCACAGACGGCUCCUCCAUCUUGCGGGGGCGUGUUAAGGAAAAGAUCUCUGCAAUCUCUUCAUGAGCAAUUCCCGCUCCUGAUUUAUGUCAAUCUUUGAUUUAGUGUCAAUCUUUGAUUUUGUGAAUAUUAUAUUAUGUUUCCUUUUGUAAUAGGGUUACUAAGUUUGUGUGCCUGUAUAUAUAAGUGUUGCAUACAAAUGAAUAGAAUUAAGUCAU